CUGGUGGCCUUUCAGCUCGAGCAAUUGCAGUUGCGUCCCGGCUGCUUGGACAGCAUGGACGUCUUUCCGUAUCUGAGGGAGCCCGUCAUUGAGAACGCGACACUGACGGCGGACACCUUUUGCCAGCACAGCCGGAACCGCAGUGCCACGCCUAUUUAUAGCUCCGGUCGAUUGCUGGGCCUUCGGCUCCGAUUCCAGCAUCCGCCCACCAGGGCGGACAAGUGGAACUUGACCCUAACCGCGAGCUAUCGAUUUUUGAAGCGCGACAACUUCCGAACGGAUGGUCGCUUGGUGCCUCAUAGCUACUGUGACUUCUACUUCUUUGCCAGCCUGGCCACCGAGGAGGGCAAUCUGGGCCAGGGAUACUUUCACUCUCCACGCUUUCCUGCCCACUAUCCGGCGCACAUCAAGUGCGCCUACAAGUUCAUUGGUAGGCCGGACACCCAUGUGGAGAUCCUGUUCGAGGAGCUGCAACUGCCGCCGGUGGUUAGCGGUGGCUGUCAGCUGGACGCGAUUACCCUAUUCGAUGCCGAAUCUGCCCACAUGAGCUCCGUGAUCGAUGUGCUCUGCUCAAGUCGUCCCAGCCGCCGGCUGGUGAGCAGCGGUCCUGAUCUUCUACUGGAAUUCAAUGCCAGCUCAAAUCGCACAGCCAAAGGAUUUCGCGGCAAAUACAGAUUCGUGCCUAAUGAGCCGGAAGUGCUGCUGGCUCUUCCUCCGCCGCCCGCCGUCUUGGAGGCGGCCAGUGUGGCCGCAAAGGAGGAGAAGCAGCAGAUCCAGAUCCAACAACUUCAGCAACAGCACUCCUUUGCCGCCAAGCCUAACAGUCUACCCAUGGAUGUGGAGCUGUCGAAGCCGGGACGACCGUUUGAACCAUGCAAACAAAUAUUUGACACACGCGUAAACAAAUCGGGAACCUUUGACUCCAGCCAGCUGUUCUCGGCCAAACACGCCGUUGGCGGCUCGAGAGUCCUGCAAUGCCGUUACGAAUUCAAUGGAAUACCGCCAGAGCGCGUGCAGAUUCGAUUUCACGAUUUUAACAUUCCCACAGAGCACGAGAACUCCACUGGUUGCCAACCGUCAGAUGCACUUCAUGUGUUGACCGAGAUUAGGGCAGAGACACAGGAGCUCCUGUGCGGCGCCUUCCUGCCUAAGCCCCUGAUGUCCAGCGGUACACAGUUGCAGCUCCAGUUCGUGGGCAAAUAUCCGCCUGCAAUGACCAAUAAUGUGCAGUAUUACGGAUUUCGCGCAGAAUACCGAUUUCUGACUAACUUUGGCAUCAUGUCGGGCGUCCAACAGGGCCAGGAUUGUGCUUUCGUCUACAACAGCAGUGAGCGCAUAAGCGGUUUAUUUCACUCACCUAACUUUCCGGGAUACUAUCUGGAAAAUGUGGUAUGCAAUUACUACUUUUACGGUGCCAGUGAUGAGCAGGUUGUCCUUCAUUUCACCUACUUUGAUGUGGAGGGAAUCGAAACUUGUGACCAGCAGACUGCCAGCGACUAUGUGGAGUUCUCGAAUUUUAUGACCACAGAUCGAAAGUACAGCAGAUACUGCGGAAAGCUUCAGGACUUUGAAAUUCGGUCAUAUGGACGAUUCUUCCGUGUUACCUUGCACUCAAACGAUCGUUUCGUAGCCAUUGGUUUUCGCGCCCUCUACACCUUUGAAUCCAUCCCCAUGAAUAACUCCAUUGUUGCGCUGCGGGAUAAUGCCUCCACCCAGAGCUUUAUUUCGUCUGCGCCAUCUCAAUCUAUUAAGAAGUUGUACCACUACUUUGUUUUGUUUAUUUUUGUUUUAGAACACUCUUUUUAA